GUUCAACAGUAGAAGCUCUCUCACAUCUACCUUAUGAUGCUUCUGCAGCAGAAUGGACUGUCAUGGUAGCUCAUCAUUUACUGUCAAAAUUGACUGUUUCUUCAACUUAUCUCUUGGACAGUGAGUCAACAGAGGAACCUUGGAAAAAGGACCGCACAUGCCCUUGUGGAUGUAAUAAAAAGAUAAAUGGUGCAUUUGGAGACACAUCACUAGGUGUUCCUUCCCACUGGCAUGGACGUGUUGACAUUUUAACAGAUGUUGCUGUAAAGAUAAUAGUGCCAGAGGAACCAGAAUCCGAUGAUGCAGGAAACCGAUCAACAAAAAUCAAAAUGGGUGCUUAUAGAGAUGAGAUUAGAGCAGGAGCAAUAGUGUACUCAUUCUUAAUGAGGAAGAAACAUCCAGAAUUGGACAAUUUCCUUAUUCCUACAGUUGUGAUGUCUAAAACACAUAUUGCUGUUGUUUUUUAUGACUGUGAAAAUGACAUUUUACUUGAAACACCUUUACUAAGUCUAUUCCAACAAGGGAAUGAUGUAAUUCUGAGUAAGUCAACAAUUCUGAUACUUUGGUUAGCAUUGAACUUUAAGUACUGUUGCUCAGGUGUUCCUGAUGGGAUUAUAGACACUGGCUACAAGGCUAACUUUUUCAAGCAUACUGGAUCUGUACUUGAAAGCUAUAGAGAAGAUGUGAUUGCCCCAUGUGACUAUGUGGCAACGUUUGAUUGGUUUGUGCUACCUGUGUUUGAAACACUACCAUUAAAGAAAUAGACUGAUACUGAAAACAGAAUGAAACAUGAUCUAUUGGAUUAUUGAUAUAAAUAUAAUGCACAUAGCUUGUUU